AUGGAGGUCAAGACUGACAAGAGAAGAUCUUGGGAGGACAAGCCGUGCUUUUCAAUUCACCUAGUCUCUCCCAGUACAAUAUCUUUCGCUCAGCUAAUUUUUCCCUUUGAAGAUCUGGAUGAUCUCCUUCAAUACAAGGUUUCCCUUAAUAGCCACUCAGUAAACACUCCAUUCUGCCCGCCAAGUCAACCUUCGCCGAUUGUCACCGCGGGUAACACAAUCUUACUGCAAACAAACGAGACUUUCCAAGACUAUGUAUUCUCGUGGUAUGAAGCGGUUAGUAGGGGUCGAAACCAAACCAUCGACGAGGUGAUGUACGCCAGUGAUGCGCAGUGGCUUGCAACAUCUCAAGUCGGUUCCAGCUCCAUCCUUGGUGCAAUUCAAGUACCUCGAUAUUUGAGGAGCGGCAGCGUGUACGUGAUCUAUGGACUGAUAAACGAUGUACAUAAGGAAGAAUUCUGGAUUUUGCCUCUUUGUCUCACUAUAUCGCUCAAGAGUCAAAAUACCCCCCGGAACGUACCAUCUGUGGCUACGCCUGGUCGAAGUUCCCACGUCCCUAAAAAUGCCACUCCAAGCGGUCUCCCUACCAUCUAUUCCACCACUACAGUCCGCUGCGAACAGGGAUGUGACAUCCCAUCAACUACGACAUUAUGGAAAGAGCAAUACACUAUGGCCUUAUCCUGA